UUGUGAAGGAAAGGCUUUUUAAUUACAGCAUUAGAGCCAAGUCAUGCUUAGACAAUAGAAACUGAAAGUUGUUAUGGCAGAGAGGGAAAACGAACCUUAGGUGAGUGUGAGGGUGUGGAUCAGCUGAGGCAGAGUGUAUAUAAAGGCUGAGCCCUUCAACUUAGCUGCUGCUCGAGCAUCAUUUACGUUUCCACGUUUGAAGACUUGAAGUGAAAACGUCAUCACAAGACUACAACCAACAUGGAUAUAACUAUUAACAUGCUGGGUGAGUCCCACACUCUGACCGUGAACCCAGAGGACACAGUUGGCUCUCUGAAAAUAAAAAUCCAGGAGAAAUUGGAAGUCGACCCUCAGACGCAGAAACUGGAUUUUCUGAACGGUCAUCCCAAUGACGACUCCAAACCCAUCAGCUACUACGGCUUACAGCACUGCUCCCGGGUGUCCCUGCUGGUCACCGAGCCUCCUCCACCUGCUCCCAUCCAGGUGUUCCUCAGAAAUGAAAAGGGACAGAUGAGCACCUACGACAUCCAACCCGGCGAGACUGUGAGCAACUUCAAGAACAGAGUCGAGAAAAGAGAGGGGGUGCCAGCGAGCCAGCAGAGGCUCAUUCACCAAGGCCGGGAGAUGCAGGGUGCCAAACUGGAGGACUACAACGUCAGAAACCACAGCACCAUCUACAUGACUUUGCACCUGAGAGGAGGCUGAGGACACUUUAAAAU